AUGCCUUCACGACUUCUUCAUCCCGACGAGUAUGAACUGGAAACCCGGUCCUCAGCGGACACUCAGGGGAGCUUCAACUUAGACGAGGCCGACUUUGAGUCGCAAGUUCCACCCCGGCCUAGGCGACUCUUACGCCGAGUGCCCUUUUUAUCACGAGUCUUCGCUUCGACAUACUCCGGAUACCGUCGUCUCAAACCCUCCCGGCCACUGAUCUCGGCUUCAGCACGGCCUAGUUGUUUUCGACGCUUUCUGUUUCGGCGGGCCUGUUUCUACCUACACGCUGUCCUCGGUAUCGUCCUAGCACUCCUUAUUCUAACUGCAAUUUUGCGGCCCUCUUAUACCCGACCGCCACCCCACUAUGCAUCACUUCGAUAUGCCGUAUCGCAUUCGAGCCACUCGGGUCGGGGCAACCCCCGCAACGAGAAGGUUUUCAUCGCCGUUAGCUUGUACGAUCAUGGCGGAAGUUUGGCGCAGGGUCAAUGGGGUUCAACAGUUCUCCGGCUUAUCGACUUGCUUGGAGAAGAUAACGUUUUCCUGAGUAUCUACGAGAAUGACAGUGGACCGGAGGGGGAGAGCGCAUUACGAUCUCUGGAGAAACGGGUUUCAUGCAACAAAUCUAUCGUGAUUGAGGAGCACAUCGACCUGAGUAGCCUGCCCAGAGUAACUAUCCCCGGGGGAUCUACACGUACUAAGCGUAUCGACUACUUGGCUGAGGUCCGAAACCGAGCCUUACGGCCGUUGGAUGAGUCCAAAGCGCGCUACGACAAACUCCUUUACAUCAAUGACGUCCUGUUUGAUCCAAUUGAUGCUCUUCAACUUUUAUUCUCUACCAAUGUCGAUGACGAUGGUAUCGCUCAAUACCGGGCGGCCUGCGCUGUUGACUUUUCCAACCCGUUCAAGUUUUAUGAUACAUAUGCGACGCGUGAUUUACAAGGUUAUGGCAUAGGCCUUCCGUUUUUCCCUUGGUUUACAGCUGCUGGGAACGGGCAGAGCCGACAGGAUGUCUUAUCCGAAAAGGACGCAGUACGGGUCCGCAGUUGCUGGGGAGGGAUGGUGGCAUUCGAUGCACGGUUUUUCCAGGCUGGUACGAAGCCGACUGUUGAAAUGGGGGGUGAACAAUUUCCGGUCCGUUUCCGUUCGGCGCCUGACCUGUUCUGGGAAGCCUCAGAAUGCUGUCUCAUCCAUGCUGAUAUCGAAAAACCGCCACGGAACGGAGACGAGAUCGCAGACACCGGGAUCUAUAUGAACCCCUUUGUUCGCGUGGCAUAUGACAGUCGCACCCUGUCUUGGCUGUGGACGACUCGACGGUUUGAAAAACUCUACUCCUUUAUCCAUGACAUUGGUAACCGCCUCGUGGGUCUACCUUGGUUUAACCCUCGCCGAGCAGAAGUCCAUGGUCAAGCUGUUGAGGAGACAGUGUGGAUACCGAACAACAAAGAUAACGGAGGCGGGUCUUUUCAAACCGUUACACGGAUCGCAGGAAAUGACGGUUAUUGUGGACGGCGAGGGCUCCAAGUGAUUGUCGAACAUCGCAAAGAGGGCCAAGAUGGAUUCGAGAGCAUGGCGAGGCCCUUUGCCUUCAGCUCUAGGAUCACUGGUAUUAUUCAUAACGUGUUUGAAUCCUUUUUGGACCGGAACGGCCACACAUUGGACGAGAGCCGCCACGCUCCCCCUCCAGAGGAUCGGGAUACUUCGUCAGCCAAUAGUGUUAUGACCCCUCCUAUUUCCCACACUCCCUCUCACUCCUCCUCUUCCUCUCCAUAUUCCACCCACCUCUCCAGCCAUAACUCUACCCCUUUACACAACUCAACUGUCGAAAGAAGUUCUGUGAGAAGGAUGCAUCCUGUUGCCAAUGUCGAUGACACGGCUGGCUUCAUGGCCGCUGCCAGGGCUCUGAAGCUCGAUCCGAAUGCCUACAGGAAGGCGUCUUCUGUUGCUGCUGAAGACGCGUCCAGCGAGCACGGCAGCCUCUCCCAUGAGAACGACCCUGCUCCUACUGACGACUUUGUGCUCACGUCUACCCCAAAAGAAGCCACUGCCCCUUCGGAAUUCCAGACGAAGGACCGUGACGAGUUCGCUGGUUCUGAUAACGAUAACAUGUCCUCCGACUUCGCCGAAGAGCCCAAGGUCGCCGAGGAGUCCAACACGCCUGAGUUCGCCUCGAUCAACAAUUCUCCAACCGCCUCUCGUGUUUCUAUCGAAGGAGAACAAGACCGAGAGCACCUGACUACCUUUCAGACCUGGGGUGCUCCCGAAGUUCGUGACAAGCCUGCCGCGUGCGUUCGACGAAUCAUCAUCCGGGGCCUGCCCUCUACUUGGUGCACAUCCGCCAAGGUCCUGUCCUUGAUCCAUGGCGGUCUUGUUGAGAGUGUUUCUGUUACUCCAACGGGCACUGCACACAUCCUCUUCUGUGAGCACGAAGCAUGCAAGGCUUUCUAUGACAAGCAUCCCAACGGCAUCGAUCUUGACAAAGAAAGGAAGGUAACCGUCUUUGUAGAAAUGGGCAAAGAAGUCGACGUUGUCAGCUCUCAGCUCUCUUUCAGUCUGUCUACCGGCGCCACUCGUGCUAUUCGUGCUGUUGGCAUUGGCCUCAAUGUUACCAUGCGGGAACUUUCUGAUAUGGCAACUGGAAGCCAUCGCAAGGUCGAAAAGAUCCUGGACACUUACGUUCCAGGUGAUGCCCGCAACGUCAUCUUCCGUUUCUGUAGCAUCGUUGAUGCCAUUCGCUUCCGAGCUAUGCUUGUCCGCGACGAACGCUGGGAACGGUGCAAUAUUCAGUAUGCCGCUGAUCCCUGCGAGCUGGCUACUGGCUAUCACGUCGACUAA